AUGCGAGAAAUUCAAGGUUACGAGCUCGGUGACUGCAGCUUUCUCAAGUUUCACACUUUUCCAACACUUCAUGGAUGGACGAUUGACCCGAACAGCCACCAGCUAGAGCCAGACAACAACGUUGAAGUUGAUCAGCUGCCUAUAGGGAGCCUUCAUGGAAAGCUGCCCCAUUUCCUCCAGACGUGGUUGUUCUUCGGACUUAUUUACACCGUCGUCCGUGAUGACCAUGGCCCUUUGCUCAACUUUGAAGACCUUUGCGACGCUGCCGGCCACACUAUCGCCACCCACACGUUGAACGAUGCCCUGGGGCAAUGGCGGGCUUGGGUGCGGGAGUUGAGUGAGAAGGACUACCAUCGGGCUCAGCUCCACAUGGCCCAGGUUGAUUUCUGCUUGAAUGAAGCCAGGAUGGUUGUUCGAAAGACAUGCGGCUAUACCGGCACAGCCAAUACCGACGAGAGCCACGACAUAAAAGACCUCUGGACGGGGCCCUCAGCUGUGGGAGGAGGGGAAGUCAGCGACGAACUCGCACUCGCGCUCAUGGUUCUUGGGGAAACAUUGUCCUCGUGGACGGCACGAAUCCUACACGAAACGAAGACAGUCAUAAGGGGAUGGCACAAGGAAGAAGAAGACGACGGCUGGGGCCCACCUCGAAGAGUUUUCCGCUUUAUGGAAGAUCGAUGGUGCCCACGUACCAUCCAUCUUCUCCAAAGCCAACUGAGGUCCAGCGCGACUUUGCUGCUCUCUGCUCACCAGUCCAUCCGGGACAUAGCUGCAUUCAAGGAGGGAUCCGCCACUCAUCAAAGCUGCAGCACCGUGGGGUGCAAAAUCCCACCGGGGACAUACAAGACGACCCACAGGUACACAUCCAAAUGUAACUGCAGGCGGCUCACUCCCGAUAUGCCUGAAAUUCUUAGGAUCCUAGCGCGGAAGGACGCCAACGCCAUCCCCCUGUUAGUGAUACGGAAGGCCCAGGACAAUACAUUUUCCCUGGUGGUCAAGGAUUUCUCUGAGAUGGGACCGGGCACCAAGUAUGGAGCGAUCUCUCACGUUUGGUCGGACGGUUGGGGGAAUGAGGAUGGUAAUUGGCUCUGGAGUUGCCAAAUCGGCGUAAUCUACAAGGCUCUCAAGAUGGGAGUUCAGAAACAAGGCGAGGGUCUCAAUUCCGAUACCGAGUCGAUUCCAUUCUGGAUGGACACAUUGAUCAUACCAGCCAACGAGAACGACAGAAACGCAAGAGCGCUGAGGACAUGGGGCAUUGCACAAAUUGAGGCAGUGUACAAGAACGCAUGUUUCACUGUUAUUCUGGAUAACGGUCUAUCCAGCGUGAAGAUCAAAUUGUCUGAGAAGGGGGAUGCGCACUGCCACUCGGCUAUGAGGAUCCUGGCAAGCAAUUGGAUGAAACGGCUAUGGACCCUGCAGGAAGCCGCCCUCUCGAAACAGCUGCUUGUUCUAUUCGAAGAGAGCGAGCGAGGAGAUGAUGGGAUAUUGGACAUCGAUGAACUGGUGGCAGCUUUGGCCAAACUUGGAGGCGGACCGGCAUCCUUUGAAAGCAUCGUCAGUCGACAUCUCGCCGACAGCCUGAUGGGUUCCACCCGCAAACGUGGCCAGUUGACCACCAAUGACGCCGCCUACUCUCUGGUGGUGGAUUGCUGGCGGGCAGCAAGAUGGCGAAGCACCAGCAACGAAGGCCACGAGCCGCUUGCCCUUGCGAUGUUGAUGCGGCUUCCAUACACCAAGGACGACAAUUCGCAUAUCAGAAAUGCGAGCCUAAAAAGCCAGGCAACAGAAACGGAACGUGAUCAGAUGGUGAAGGAAUUUUGGUCGCUGUUCGAGCGCGAGUACCGCGGCAAGAUCCCCCCCGGGCUCAUCUUUCUCCCAACCGCCAAGGUAAAGCUCCAGGGUUUCGGAUGGGCACCCCGGACGUUGAUGGAUGCGUACAAGUUGGAUUACCCGGAUCCCUUUACCAACGCCCCCCAAUACGCGACGGUAUUGGACCGCGAUAAAGGCUUGAAGGUGCAGUACCCAGGCAUUGUCCUUCACUGCCCUCCAAGCGUGGACCUGCGGCAGACCAUUCUCGGCAUCGGCUGGACCCCGCCCAAAGGGCCAUUCCGUUUUCCAGUCGACCACUACAAGUGGUAUGCCAUAGAGCCGGCAGACCAGGCUCUCAACAACAACCCAAGUGGGGCUCUACACAAAGACUCAACGCUUGCCAUCAUCAUGACCAGGCCCAACCCGCAAAACUACCCAAGCGAGAUAGCGUUGCUGGUGGAGAUAUACGACAGAGAAGUUCAAGGCGAAUCAACCGCCUACCGUUGCCAGGUAUUACGGCGAGUCAAAAUCUGCCUCUCUGUAGUAACCCCAACCAAGGCAGACGGUGCGAGGAGUGUUCUGUCGGCUCCUGUACAAGGCAUUACCGGUGUGCAGUCCCGGCGUAUGGAGCCUUUACCGUGUAUCGGAGAAGAGCUAGCUAUGGGGCAAGAGUGGUGGGUAGAUGGUUUUCGUAGCGCAAGAGCCACAAACACGGACCCGCAAGCUCACAAAAACGGCGUGGGUUCGUCACUCCAGCAAAGGACCACGCCGCCGCUGACGAGGAAUAAUACCGAGCCACAAAGCAUGAGCCAGGUUAGUCAUGCAACAACUGCCGUUGCCGAAAGUUGGUUGGGAUUGAUGGGAAAGCUCUUCCAGCCAUCUCGAAGUGUCUGGGAUCAGAUGUAUUAA